GUUAUCAUCGAUGUUACGAUUUACCUUUUUGGUGAAAUAUUACUGGUAGUUGUCUCCUCAAAAGUUAGUGUUAUCAUUAAAACUUACAGUGGGUUAAACACAAACAAGGACUUCCACCAUAUGGCUUGUUGUUGGACCGGUAGGGCACCGACUUAACUUAGAAUUAAGAGAAUAAAGAAGAAAAAAAACAGCAGCUGUUAAACAAAAACUAGCUAAUUUCACGUGGUCUGUUGAAAGUUUCUCUGAACAACAUCCUUGCUGUAGUUAUGUCAUCAGACAAGAUGUGUUGCCAGGAAAUAAUUUAUAAAUUGUUUCCUGUUUGUAAAUUGAUAAGGACAGAGAUAAACAAGACAGCAUUUCAUUUGAUAUGAGAUUUUCUUUCUUUUUUUUUAUCUGGGAGGCAUAUGUCAUUUUAUAAUUCGCUGACAUGAUCCCGUAUGAUCAGAGUGUUAAGAGUGAAGCUUCACAAACAACAGGCAUCCAACAGAUGUAUUUGACAGCUUUAGUACUCAGGACUGUGGAAUUGUGUUGCCUGUAGUUUUCCAACAUGGUGAUCUCUGAGCCUAUUUUACCAAGCCUUUCGAGAGUUAGUAUGCGGUUGAUCAUCUUUCUGUUCCAGGAGCUGAAUGGCUUCCGCUGUAGCAGUGAAAACUGAGAAGCGACCUGCAGCUGAUUCUCAGGAUGCAGACUCAAAUGCAAAAAAGCCCAGGAUUUGGGAAGCACCUUCUUUGGAACCGUCAUCACUCAAUCUCUGCCUGCCCCAAAGGAAACUGCUGCCCAGCCUGAAGACCAAGCGAGCCCCCGAGCUUGUCCUGGUGAUCGGCACAGGGGUGAGCUCCGCGGUGGCCCCUCAGGUCCCUGCGCUCCGCUCCUGGAAAGGCCUCAUUCAAGCCUUACUUGAUGCAGCCAAUGACUUUGACCUACUAGAGGAAGAGGAGAGUCGGCGUUUCCAGAAGCACAUGCAGGAAGAUAAGAAUUUGGUGCAUGUGGCCCAUGACCUCAUUCAAAAACUUUCUCCGAGAACAGGCAAUGUACGAUCCACAUUCUUCAAGGACUGUCUAUAUGAGGUGUUUGACGAUUUGGAGUGCAAGAUGGAGCAUGCAGGGAAACAUCUACUGCGCUCAGUGUUGCAGCUAAUGGAGAGCGGUGCACUGGUCCUCACGACUAACUUUGACAACCUGUUGGAGAUAUAUGCGGCUCACCAGGGCACCAAGCUGGAGUCUUUGGACCUGACAGAUGAGAAGAAGGUGUUGGAGUGGGCUCAGGAGAAACGGAGGUUAAGUGUUCUGCAUAUCCACGGUGUUUACACCAACCCGAGCGGUAUCGUACUGCACCCUGCUGGCUACCAGAAUGUACUGAGGAACACUGAGGUCAUGCGUGAGAUCCAGAAGCUGUACGAGACCAAAUCGUUUGUGUUUCUUGGCUGCGGGCGCACAGUAGACGACACAACCUUCCAGGCUCUGUUCUUGGAGGCAGUCAAACACAAGUCGGACCUGGAGCACUUCAUGCUUGUGCGGCGCGAGGACGUGGGUGAGUUCAAGAAGCUGCGCGACAACAUGCUGGACAAGGGCAUCAAAGUCAUCUCCUAUGGAGACGAGUAUGCCGACCUGCCCGAGUACUUUGAGAGGCUGGCCAAUGAGAUCUGCAACCGUGAUGUGUCUACCAACGGCUGGGGCUCUCCCUCACAAAAUGGGGAAGAACAGCAGAAUGGCUUUAACACACAGAAAAGCCUCCUUCAAGACUAUCAUUCCUGACAGGCACGCAGUCGGGAUGAGUAUCAGUCAUUUUCCUCCACAGCUCCGUCAAGAGAUCGGUGUAUUUCGAGUAGCACUCAAUUAUGUUUUCACUCGGUGGAUUUAGGAAUCCAGAAUCAUUAUGGGCCAUGGGAGAACCCAAAAGUUGUUGUCAGUAUUUUGCCGAUGUCCGUUUUUUUUCCUUUUUAUUAGUUUCUAUUUAAAAGGGAAAGGAGAAAUUUAACGUAACUGAAACGCCAAUACCCAACCUCACAGACCCACUGUACUGUAUUUAAACACCUUGGAAGCUACAUACCAGUUUUAAGAAUGCAGAUGAUACAAUGGUAUGCUGCUUGGAUUUGGACAUAAAUUAAAGAAGACUGCAGUUAAACAAACUGCAUCACCUUCACCUAACUGCCGUGUAAUGAGAAGCUCUAGGUGUAAGCUAUAACGCACAUCACAUGCUCUUUACUGAAAAAAAAAAAACUUGAUAUGUGAGGAUUGUCACUGUCAUGCUCCACCUUAAAACCA